GACAUACGACGGUCUUCCAUGUAAACACAUAUUAUUCAGCAAAGUUUGCACAAAUUGUAUGGCUGGCUGGUACACUGCUGCGAUUAAUGAUCGUAAAAUGAGAUCGUUUUGACGACUACGAACUCGGUUUUUAAUUAAUAGCAACGUUUAUACUCGGUGGUAAGCUUCUCACUCAAAGAAUUCUGUGUAUGUAUCAUAAGUAUUAUGGCGACGACAGAGUUACAUGUUAGAAUCAGCUCGACACCUUCUACAAACGGAGAACCUAGUUUCACGAUUUGCACGUUCUGUAACAACUCAACAAAUGGGUUCGAGAAGCGUUUAUUUGCGACAACACAACCAAAAGGACCUUUUUUCCCUGUCUUAGCCGAGCUACAGGGAAAGAAAACAAAGUUAGACGACCUCGGUCGAGCGGUUGUUUGUGUGGCAUGUUUUCAUCAUCUUUUGCGACAAUGGAGCAGUUUUGAACGAAGGGGUAUUCCUGUUCGUAAACGGGAAUAUAAUAUUAUUACAGAGGAGCGUGUGAACCACUACCAGGUCAGACGUGAAGAGGAGAUACGACAAGAGGCCGAACAUAAGAUAAAAGAAAUUCAGGAUCGCGAGGAAAGAAUCCGACGAGAAGCCGAAGACAGGUUCGAAAAGUAUCGACAGCGUCAAGCAGAGAUCCGACGGGAGGCCGAACAAAGGCUACUCGAGGAACAAGCCAAAGCUGAGGAGUUCAAAAAGCAAGCAACAUUUCAGCUCAAAGAGGAGCAACAGCGAGAAGAAGAGUUACGACGACAAGCCGAAGAUCGAAUUCAGGAAGAAAAAGAGAAACGAGAGUACAUACGGCAAGAAGCAGAAAGACUCCUUCGCGAAGAGAAGCUAUUGGACGCACAAAGGCUGAAGCAGGGUUCCAUAUCACCAAGCCUUGAGAAAGUAACAACAUACCGGACUGAAGUUAUUAUUCCUUCCACUGUCAAGGAAACUGCACCUUUGAGGGAAAUUACAGAUAAAGGGGAAUCCGAAGAGAUGGCAGGUGUAAUUAGUGAGCAGGAGCUAGACGCAAGACGCCAGAGGCGCAAAACGAUGGAGUACGAUCCAGAAACGGGUUGUUACAGAAAAAUAACAGCAGAUGACGAUAAAGAAAAUACCUUGGUUGAGACCAGAACAGAGAGGGUGGAAUAUCGUUUUCGUCUCCGCUCAGACGAGAAUGCAAAGGAAACCUCAGAGAAGAAAGAUACCUCCUCUAAUCCUGACAAAGCAUCAGAGGACAUCACAGUGUCAAUGGAGCCAGUAAAAUCCUUUAGUACUGAACAAACUAUUGUAUUGAACGGUGACGAUAAAUCGAAGAGGAAAAGUAGUGAAGGCGACACUAGAGGUGAAGAGGACCUAAAAAAAGCUGGUGACAUAAUGAAAACCAAGUUUGAAGAGGGUCGGAAGAGAUUCGAGCAAGAAUCAGUUGGAAAAAAGGGGAGUGACUCUUCUAAACAGAGAACGACGAGGACAACAUCCGACGACUCUCUAGAGGAGAAGAUCAGAGAAAUGGAAAAGAGGAGAGAACGACUGCUUCUCAGAGGGCCAUCGACAGAAUCGAAAGACACCUUGGGUCGAAGACCGUCGGAAGAAGGAAAGGACUCCUCUGUUGUCAGUCCCGGUGAAGACUCAAAGAGUCUGGUUGAUGAUGGUACUAAGAAGCAGAGAAGUCGCAGUGAACGAAACAAACGGCGCUUAACAGCCGAGGAGAUGACUUUUAAAAAGUCUCCUGGCAGCGAAGAGGAUUCAACGGGGACAGAUGCCGCAAAAGUACCAAAAAAAGAUGUCAAAAGCGAAGAACGCGAAAUAGAAACGAAGAAAGAAAGUUACAAGAUUCAAUUGAAAAAGGUCGAGAAACCAGAAAGACCAGUAGAAGAAGACAUUGUCAUGACUCAGGUGAAAAAGGUUGAGGCCUCAGUUGACCUCAUGAGCUGGGACGACUCCACCGAUGGACCUACCUACGGUAGUGAGGGGGAUCCAGCUCCAGUUGCCCAAACAGAGUUAACGAAGAGGGCUGACAGCACUGAAGGAGAACUGUUUUCCAGACCGUCGAAGCUGGUUGACAUGGAAGCCCCUAUCAAUGUGGUUAAAAAAGGAGAUGUUGAGACCGUGCCCAACUCUAAAAAUCUUCUAGACCUUGAAGAGGCAUCGGGUCUGUCAUCAGCACCCAUCGAGCCCAUCUCGACAUGGGACAACAGAGGUCGCACAAGCAAUUCCGCCGAAGAAGACCGAAGACGUCGCGAGAGAGAAUACGAAGAAAGGAAGCGAAGAAUCGAGGAAAACCAACGGCGAGCGGCGAAAGAGCUCAAAGUGAAGAAACUCUACGAAAACGACGUGAAGCCCUGGAGAGGAGAAGAGAUCCACGAAGGAAAGCACGAUGAUGUAUCCAUAAAGGAAAAGAGGCGUUCGUUGGUGGAUAUGUGGGAGUCAUUUUCUGAGCCCCACACCAAUGUGAUGUCUUUUGAAGAAUACGAAGAUGAAGAAAUGCCUGAAGAGAGGAACAAAGUCGUGACUCUCGAGAAAAGAGCUGUGUCGUUUGAUCCGUUGAAAGAGAAAGACGACGAAGGAGACAUGGAGGUCGAAGUUAUCACCACAACACGACCAUCUGCGGACACGGACAUCAACCCAAAUUUGACUGCGGAGGAACAACGAUGGGAGAGCGCUGGACAAUUCCAGCCAGGCCGGCUACAAAAAACUGUGUUCCACAGCUUGUCUGAAGCGGCCUCUGUCGACGAAAAACCGACACCAAAGCCUCGUAAGAGUCGAUACGACUGGAUGAAGGGGGAGACAGAAGAUGACCAAGCGGCGCUUGUGCCAACGAAGUUAAAAAUUGACCGGCAGAGUAAUCAACUUGAAGAUGGAACAUUCAGCAACGGUCAAGACAGAACAAGUCCACCCGAGCCAGUCCCAAGGAAGGUCAAGACGGAAAGCCAUGAUUUAAAAAGCAGCAGCGAGAGCGAAAGCGAAAGCGAGAGUAAUGGAGGAAGUGACAGCGAAAGUGAUAAUGAAGAAGAGAGGGUUCCUCGAGUGGAUACCGUUGAAGUUCUCAACUCACAACUCACAGAGGAGGAGAAACAGUGGGAGCAAGCGGGAAAUUUCCAACCCAAAAAGCUAAAUCUUUCUCUAUUUGCUGGGUUUCAACAAGCACCUGCGAAUGCAGCAGACAGACCGGCACCAAAGAAGACACAAGGAGCAUCCCAACCCUCGCAGUAUAAAAAGCCACUUGUGAACAAUGAAGAAGAGAUUCCCGCUCCGGCUGAAGUGAAAGUUCAGGAAACUGAGCCAGAAAUGGAGGACAUCAGUCCGGUUCUUGAAGUAAAAACAGAGACAGAGCCUCUCUCAUCUUCGCUUUACACCUACACGUAUGAGGAGGAAAGUGAUGACGACGAUGACGUUCCCGGUUGGAGAAAGGUAGAAGAGCAACGAAGACAACAAGAACGAGAGGAAAUCGAAAGAGCGAAAGAAGAGGAAAAAAGACGACGGGAACAAGAGGCCAUGGAAGAGGAGUCACAAAAGCAACCUGAUUCAAGUGACGAUGAGUUUGAAACCAAAGUACGCACAAAGGAAGUCAGAAAGAUUAAUCCAAAUCUGUUGUUUCAGUUCAUGAAAGAGGCAGACAAAGAACCAGAGAGACCCCUGAAAUCGUCGAAACCCAAACAGCAACAAAUAGAUGUAUCCAGUGUCUCGUUGUCAGAAUCUACACCCGUUGUCGACAACCCCUCCGAAGACGGCUAUGCAGGAGACCAAGAAAGAGAGGUGGAAGAUGAGUACGAAGAGAAAGUACGGAGCGGACAAGUAAGAAAGUUGAAGCUAGUUAACAGUCCUUUUCUUCAAUCGAAGGAAACGGAGAUUGCUCCUGACUACCGUCGGGAUGAGCCCCGUAGCUCUCGAAUUAUCAAAGACGAGAUCUACGUAGAGAAAGUUGAACACUCGACUGUCGAGUCUGCGCCAAGAAGAGACUGGGAAGAGGAGGCAGAUGAGCCUGAAGUCGACAACGUUGCUGGCGCAACUUUGGAGAGUUACGAAGAGGAAAGUGAAGAUGAUGGUGUUCCUGAAUGGCGCAAAAUGGAAGAAAAACGAAGACAACAAGAGCUGGAGGAAAUUGAAAGGGCCAGAUUAGAAGAGCAAAGGAGACGAGAACGGGAAGCGCUUGAAUCCAAUGAACAGGAGGAUGAAGAUUCAAUCGAUGAUGAAUUCGAAGCAAAAGUUCGAACCAAGGAGAUUCGAAGAAUCAAUCCUAAUUUGCUUGUUCAGUUUAUGAACGAGUCAAAAGAAGAACCCGCAAGUGAUAGAAGACCCAAACAGGAAAUCGUAAAAACUCAGCACGUGUUGGUGACGGAAACCACGUCCAAGGAUGACAGCGAUCAUGAAGAUGCUCUGGAAAAAGAUGACGAAUUUGUCGAGGAUGAAUACGAUCUCAAAGUGAAAAAAGGGCAAGUGAACAAGCUCGUCCUUGACAACAGUCCUUUCUUGCAAAAGCAAACCAGAAACGAGACACCUGUUUUGCAAACGAAAUCAGAACCAAAGACUAUUAAAGUACCUAAACAGGCCUUGCAGGAUUCUUUUGUGCGGGAAGAAGAGCUUGUUCAAGUAAUUGAUGAGAAAGUUGUGGAGUGUCAACCUGACUUGGGUUUCCGUGAAGGAAACGAACACGAUGAGUACGAGGUAAAAGUUAAAUCCAAACUUGUUAAGAGGUUAAGUCAUGACCAGUUCCAUUUUCUCCGCAAGCAAGAAGAAGAGGAGCGUAAAAGGCUUCAAGAAGAGGAGCGACGUCGAAUAGAACGCGAGGAACGCGAAUUACUUAAAAAAGAGGAAGAGCGCAGAAGAAGGCUAGAGGCUGAAGCCCGUGCUAGAGAAGAAGAGAGGAUUCGCAAAGAAGAGGAAAUCAGAAGGCAGGAAGAAGAAGCGAAAGCUCGUAAAGAGGAAGAAAACAGGCGUCGGCGUGAAGAGGCUGAACGAGUUAGAAAGGAGGAGGAAGAACGGUUACGAAGAGAAGAAGAAGAGGAGCAGAUGCGCAUGGAGGAAAUGCGGAGGCAAAAGGAAGCAGCUAAAAAGAAAUUUCAGACCGGAAUUUUUGAUGAUGUUCCUGUGACUCGUUCUGAGAAGGAUAUAUACAGCGUGGGGCGUCUUGAUGCGAAUAAGUUCUUGCAAUUCCAGCAAAGUCCUACGGAAGAACCAAAACUGAAGUCAAAAGCGCGGUACGACCAGAAGGUAACAAAAGAACCCAAGGUACCAGAAGGUGUUGUAGAAACUGUUCAAGUGGCAUCUGUUGAUUUGAUUGAAAGCAGUCCUUAUGAGGAAGAUGGAGGAUCUUUGCUAUCCGAAGACGCAGAAUACGAAGAAAAACGAAAGAGUGUGGGAAAACUGGACAAGGAGUGGUACAUUUUACAGCAACGAAAGCAAGCGGAAGAAAAUGAGCGGCGAGCCAAAGAAUUAGAAGAGCAAAGGCUAAGAGAAGAACGUAAUGAAAUAUUCCGGUUUCAGGACGACGAUUCCACUCCAGAAGUUGUUGGCACUUUGGAAAAAAGAAGAAGCAAGCUUAGCGCCGACAAGUUUAGUGUUUUUGAACAGGAUGCUGUGGGAGGGAACAGUGGACCCGGAAAAACCCAAAAAGAAGGUUCAAUUAUGGUUAAAAAGAGGGAAGAAGUUCAAUCUGCACCUGCAGAAAUAAAAGAGUAUGAAAGUAAUGGAAAGAUUAAUAGAAAGAAUUAUGACGAUGACAAUGUUAUCAUUCUCGGAAUGGAUGAUUCCGAAACAGUCCAACGGAAAAUGCGUCUCCAGCGAGAAAGAGACGAAAAACAACUGCUUCGCCAAGAGGAGGAAAGGAGAAGAUUGCUUGCCGAGGAAAGUUUGGACUACCGUGACAGUGAAACAGAGAGUGAUAAACCCAAGAGUGUUGGAAAACUGAAUUACCAACAAUUCUCUGUGUUCCAGCAGGAAGGACCAGUCGCUCCGAUAGCAAAACCGCGCAAGCAGGACCCGCAAGUGAUCCAAGAAGUGGUCAGUGUCAAAAGUCAGGAGGUAGUUGAAAGCUCUCCAGUCGAUAUGAACGAAGCUUAUGCCUGCCACGGGGGUCCUGCUGAGACGCAAGAAGAUGUUGAGUAUGAGAAAAAGAUCAACGCAGGCCAGAGACUUGAUGUGGAAAAGUUCUUGAAUGCCAGGUCGCAGGAGUCAGUAGAGAGAACACAACGUGCUAAACGAAUGGCAGAGGAGAGAAUGCGUCAGGAGCAGGAAGAGCUGGCUAAGUUAAGAUUAGAGGAACAAAGGCGGAUGCAAGCGGAACUAGACGGGGGCUAUGAGAAAGAAAGUGAUCAUAUUCAGCCGCUGGAAACCGAAAGUAGGGAAUCUAUAACCGGCUCCGAUUCUGAAAGGUCACGAAAAGUGUCCAUUGAAAGAAAAACGUCGACACCCAUGGAACAUGAGCCAGAGAGUACAGAAAAAGGUGUUGGUGUUGGUGUUGGUCGUUUACCAGAGGAACUUCGUUUACAAUUUGAGAGUGAUAGCAAAAAUACAAGUUCUCGACGACAGUCCACUAAAAUCAAAGGCUCAAGAUCACUGACAGACGAAGAAUCGACAAGGACAAACUCGAUUGAGAGUCUUCGCAGUAUUUCUGGUGAAAGUAUGUCUUCUGGGGCGCGAGAAAAAGACAUGAAUGGAACCGCUAGUAUCACUGAAAAAUUGUCGUCCUUAGACAGGAGGGAGUCCAAUCAGGAAGUUCAAGUGGAAGACAGAACAACAGAGGUGUGUUUUAUAAACUUUUUCCACACAUUAUUUUUAUACAUUACUUUUGGAUCUGUCCUCUCGCCAAAAGAAGUAAACUAUCUAUGAAUGAACAGACAACCUAGCUAAUUUCCAACCAAGAUGACCGGAACGAAUGAAAGCUUUUUAAUAGGAUACAUAGACGUUUACUUUGUGACAUUUUCAAACACGUAAAUAGAAUAUAUCACAUAUUUCAAAAACCACACAGUAAUCUUUUUUUAAGUAAAAAAUUCAAAAAAAAUUCCAGUCAUCGGAACCGUUCCACUGCUAUCAGUAGAAGACGUAGUAGAACGGCGCCCAAGCAAAACUACAUUUUGUGAGCAACUCAUGGGCCAGUUCCAAAAGAAAACGAACAGAUAAGCAUUAGUUUCACGAGAAAUAAGUUCAGAUGUCGGAUUUCGCAAGAUUUCGCUACUUUUUGGAUGAUUCAUGUUUGCUUAUGCCUGGAUAUAGUUUUGGCUUCGAGUUCCAGUGACACAGUUGUUGAACUAUACACCUGCUAUGAUAAAUAAUCUUAAGGUUUCCUGGUUAUAGUCGUACUCUCCAGAGGAAAAACCAAUUCCUAAGAAACUCAACACAAGUAUGUUUGCUGCCUUUGAGAAGAGCGACCGCGGACCAGUACAGCUUCGGCGUGCGAAGAGCGAGAAGCGUGCCAGACCCAAGAGCAUUGGAAACGUGGACUUAUUGAUAUGGCAAGAUGACGCUAAUCUUUCCCAUCCUCCCACCGACGUUUCAAGAGGGGGGUCUGGGCGCCAGCCACGACCAAAAAGCAUUGCAUUUUGAGCAACGAAUGUUGGCCAAUAAUCGAUGAAACAUAUCAUGAUGUAGUAAUUAUACGUUUAAUUGUAUAGCUAUAAUAAUUGCGAUAAACUUUGUGCGAAAUUUGAACAAUUCGGUUGGUCCGAAUGGCGAACGAUCCACGUUUGAUUUAAUUUCGUUUUGAGAGCUCUUAAUAUUAUGAUACAAAAGGUGUAGGGGGGGGAAGGAGGCACAUCUCGCUUUAACAUGUUCAGUGUACUCCAAGACAAUUCAAUACAACACUUACCCAAGUGCUAUUAAAAGCAUCUUUUUCACGUGAUUAGAUGUAUGAAACGUCAUUUUUCAACAAAAACAGUUUUCAUAUCGUUAAGCCAGGGUAUGACCGCUGAAAAAAAAGAAAAGAAAACGACAAAAAAAAAAUAGUUGACAUCAUAGCAAAAUUUCGGCAAAGGUUAAAUAUGUUUCCAGUGUUAAGUUAGUUCCUAAUUUUUUACUUAAAUUUGUAAGUCAAUUUGAUUAACCUUUUGUUAAUGACCAAGUCGACAAGAAAGGGUUAGAGUUUUAUAGAAUGGAACUUUACGAUGGGUUGUUGGCUGUCGACAUCUUGCGUUACGCAUAACUCCAAGUUUACAGAAAUGUCGAAGAUGUAAAAAAUUCGUGGAGGUUUUUUCAUAAGUUUGUAACCAGAUAAAACAUUAGCACCGAAAAA